ACUCGAUAUUCGUUCAAAUAAACUAACCAGCAUACCUCAACAGAUUGGAUUAUGUAUAAAAUGCAAUGUAUUGGAUUUGAGGAAUAAUAGACUAAAAGUGCUGCCAGCUGAACUUCAAAAUCUAACCAAGUUACGGGAGCUGAUGGUUGAUGGAAAUCCUCUUGAUCGCGUUGCAGGCAUCGACGAUAGACAAAGGGAGAAUAGCAAUGAUGCAGAUCAUGCGGAAAGACAUAGCACAAACGACUUGUACGCAAGCGAAGACAAUGAUGCAGCCAUCAAGGCGUACAAUAACAGUACAAAGGUCAUCUCACUUGCUGACAUUUGUGCACAAAUUGUGGGAUCUGUCCUUCAUAACGAAGGGCUUCACGCAUACUGUAAAUCUUGUCGUCAUCAGAGUGAUUGUGAAGCAGAUGAGAAUUGCCUCAUGACUGGACUUCCACAUCGCAUACUAGAACGACUAACAUUACCAGCUGACCAUCCGCCUAAAAGAUGUUCUGGAUGCGUAUCACCACUAUUUCAUGAUGCUCUCAACUAUCUGACCCGUGUAAACUUUUGUAAUCGUUCGAUUCCAACUGAAUAUAAAUUUUGUUCACGUGGAUGCAUGCAAAAAACGUUAAGGAAAACUGAAGAAGCAUCUAUUCGGUAA